UUACAGAAGGCUGAAAUCCAGAGUACAAAAGAGAUAUUCUGAGGUAAGAAACUUUAGAUUAGAUUACAUCAACAGAAUUAUCUCACCAGGGGGAGAAAUCAAUUUGGUCAUGUGCUUAAAAAUAAAAAGUACAUCAUACAUUUAAACGCAGAGACAUACGAGCACAAACGACCAUAUCUCUGCAGGACCAGACGCUACACCAGCUGCAGGACCAGACACUAAUAGAUCCUGAAUACACUACAACAUGCCUCCUCCCGGUGUGUGUAUGAGUAUAAUGCAAGAGCGCCACAAAGAAGAUGGUGUUGGGAGCCUUGCCAACGCUGGGAAACACAGGAACCAAGACUUCCUGCAGCUGAAGCAAUACUGUUUGGACAGGAGGGUGAGGUACAUCGAUGACGUGUUCCCACCAGACCACAACUCCAUUGGUGAUGGGCUACUUUCCCCUGACGACAUGCGUAGAGUAGUGUGGUUGAGACCAGCAAAAAUUGCCCAGAAUCCAGAUUUCAUCAUUAAUGGUUUUUCAAGGUUUGACUUUGGGCAAGGAAAUAUUGUAGCAAAUUGCUGGUUUCUUGCUUCCGUUGGGGCUUUGACAUUCCAGGAGCACAUCCUGGAGCAAGUAGUACCCCUAGAGCAGAGUUUUAAAGAUGAUUACUGCGGAAUAUUCCACUUCAGGUUCUGGAGGUUUGGGAGGUGGGUGGACGUUGUGAUCGAUGACAUGCUACCAACAGUUGAUGGCAGGCUCAUUUUCGUCCAUUCAAAAACUCCCAAUGAAUUUUGGCCCGCCUUGAUGGAGAAAGCCUACGCCAAAGUGUGUGGCUCCUACGCAGACAUGAAUGCAGGGACCCCUUCAGAGGCUAUGAUGGACUUCACUGGAGGGGUUCACAUCACGUUCAAGCUCGCUGAAAAUCCACCAAAUCUGUGGGACCUCCUGUUCAGAGCUGCCAAGUUCAAAUCUCUGAUGGGGUGUGGCACACCUCAAGGGGAAACAUCAGCGAAUACGGUGGCACCCAACGGAUUAGUGAGGGGUCAUGCUUACACCGUCACAGGAGUUCUACAGAUCAUGAGCCAAGGCAAGCCAGUGAAUUUGAUCCGCCUCUUCAACCCCUGGGGCUAUGGAGAGUGGAAGGGAGACUGGAGCGAUAAGUCUUCCAUGUGGAAAACAGUGAGUCCUGCCGACCGGAAGAUGUAUCUGUCAGUGGAGGAGGAUGGGGAAUUCUGGAUGACAAUGGAAAACUUUUGUCAGCAUUUCUCAGAUGUGACUAUCUGCUGUCUGUGCCCUGAUUUUCUUGACGGCAACUCUAAAGGUCAUUGGACGCCUUCUUUCCAUGAUGGCAGAUGGGUCGCAGGGACCACUGCUGGUGGUUGCAUUCUGUUCCGAGACAGUUUCUGGACCAAUCCCCAGUAUCGAGUGAAGAUUGAGGGAUUUGACAGGGACUUCUCUGAGACACAGGGGGACAACAACAUGCUUGUGUCUCUGAUGCAGAAGCCAGACAAGAGAAACCGACGCCUGGUCAAAAGUGUCCACAUCGGCAUCAACAUCUUCGAGGUACCUGCCCAAUUCAAAGGACAGAGGGGGAAGUUUCCUGCCUCCUUCUUCGACAACAACGCACCUGUCGCCCAAACCAAGGACUUCCUGAAUGCUCGGACGGUGAUGCUCUUAUGCAGGCUGAAACCUGGCGAAUACCUGAUCGUGCCAUCAUCCUUCAAACCCAAUGAAACCGCUUCCUUCAUCCUGUCCAUCCUCUCCAAGGCGGAGACACACAUCCAUGAAAAUUCCAAUGAUCAAGAUAUGGAGGAAACCCCAAAGCUCACACCUACUGACAAUAGAGAAGAUAUGAGCAACAAACAAACUCUUUUUCGGGAAUAUUCUGAUCAGUUUGAGGAGGUGGAUGCUGAACAGCUUCAGAGAAGUCUGGAUGAAAAACUCCUCCAAGGAUGUGCAAAGAAAACACAAGGAUUCAGCUUGGAGUCCUGUCGAAGCAUGGUGGCCCUAAUGGAUACAUCAAUCACUGGAAGACUGAACAGUGAUGAAUUUCUACGUCUAUGGAGAAAAGUUACCAUGUACAAGGAUAUCUUCUUCCGUUCAGAUGUGGACCGUUCUGGAAUGUUGUCAUCGAGUCAACUGAGGAACGCAAUCAUGGCUUCAGGGAUCAGGCUGAGUGAUAGCCUGCUGAACCUGAUUGCUCUGCGCUACGGUGGAUCUUCUGGAAACAUCAGCCUGGAGAGUUUCAUCAGCCUCGUCCUGCGCAUGGACCGCAUGGCCAAAAUAUUCAGAGAACUCAAUAAUGGAGGGGCCAUAUCUCUUCGAGACAAUGAGUGGAUGUACAUCACUAUGUAUGCAUAAACUACAGACCAAAGGGGAUCGUCAGAAGACUUCAAUUAGAAUCGUAAGAUUAGAAGAAGUGGUGCUUUGCUGGACAAAUUAUACAUUUUCCCGGGGUAUUUCAUUGCACUUCAACUUGAUAAAGAGUAUGUUGAUUAAUCCCACGGCCCCUUCUUUGCAAUAAACACUUGACUGUGA